AUGAAUUUUUCAACAGCAAGUAAAGGAGAUGUACAGAGGAGUUUGGAUACUGCCCUACAAGAUGUCACGGAUAGGUACCUACUUUUAGAAGAGACUGAAAAACAAGCCGUGAGAAAGGCUCUGAUUGAGGAAAGAAGCCAUUAUUGCCUUUUUGUGGCUUGUUUAAAACCAGUUGUUGAUUCAGAAUUGGCCUUGUUCCAUGAAGUUACUCAUUUGCAAGAGAUAGUUGAUGCCUUGACAAAACUAACUGAAGAUCCUCAGUCACUUCCUUCAGCAAGUGAACAAGUUAUUAGUGAUAUAAAAGGAUCUGAUAGUGGAUGGUCAUUCCAUACACCUCCAAGUUCACCAACUUCUCUUGGAUCAAGAAAAUCAAGUAUGUGCAGUAUUAGCAGUUUAAAUAGUUCAUCUAGUGGCAGUACUAAAUCACAUUCUCCAUCUCAUCACUCACGUUGUCGUUCUCUUUCUCAGCAACCUCCAGCGGGUGCCUUACGUCUUUCCAGUGUCUCAUCUCAAGAUUCUGGCUUCACUUCACAAGACACAUUGUGCAUACGUUUACCAACUCCACCACCAAUGGAACUAACUAAUCAGGUUCCAAAUCUUUCUGAGUUUAAUAGCAAUGCUACUGGAGUCGUAAGCACAACAGGUACUCCAGCAUCACCUUAUCCUCCUGCACCAUGUGUUACUGCUACUUGGCCAAAUCUUCAGGAUACUCUACAGUUUGAAAGGGCAGCUGCUUCCAUUUUAAAAAGUCAAAGACCACAUACUAUUUCUUCUGCUUAUGAACGUGCAGGACAUAAUAGACCAGCACUCACAGCUCAGACAUUCCAGCCACUUAAUCAAGAACUUCAGCAAGGCCCAAGUGGAAUGGUUGAAACUUCUGACAAUCUGACUUCCACAUCUGAAGAUAGUUCCUUUGAACAUUCUCCUGAAGAUGACCAGGAACACGAUGAUUCUGACAAUAUGAUUGCUCCAAACAGAGAUUUACCACCAAUUCCGACAAACCCUCCAUUGCCAGAUAGGAAUAUGGAGCCAGACAAACCAAAUUUACCAGAGAAACCUCAGUUUAUCAAAUCGAGAUAUUCUAAGGGAAUCUCUCAUCUCGAAUCAUUUGUGGCCGACAUAAGUAAAGCUAUUGUAAUGUCAGAUGAUCCACCAGUUUAUGCAAAUCUGAAUGAACUAAUACCUACGAGUUCAGUAGCUGAUUCGUUUCCUCCCCCUCCUGUUUUGUCAAGUGAAGAUGUGUAUGAUAAAGUAAUACAAAUAAUUUGUUUUAACAGUUUACAGUACUAACAUAAGUUGAAAUUU